AUGGCUUUAGAUAUAGAUGAUAUAUUACCCGAUCGUGAAAGUGCUCGUCCAUUCUAUCAAAAAUAUGAUCCAAAAGAAGUACUUGGUAAAGGUCUCUCAUCAGUUGUACGUAAAUGUGUUGAAAAAGCAACUGGAAAAGAAUAUGCAUGUAAAAUUAUGGAAUUUAAUGAUGAUAGUGAUGAAGAACGUAUCUCGACUUUACGUGAAAUUCAAAUACUUAAAUUAGUUGGUGGUCAUCCCAAUAUAAUUGAUAUAAUUGCCUCAUUCGAAACACCAAAUUAUGUAUUUAUUGUUAUGGAAUAUUGUCCAUAUGGAGAAUUAUUUGAUUAUUUAACAAAAGUCGUCCGAUUAUCAGAAAAACGUACUCGUCAAAUAAUGUCAAGUAUAUUAGUUGGUGUUAAUCAUUUACAUUCUCGUCAUGUUGUUCAUAGAGAUUUAAAACCAGAAAACAUUCUAAUGGAUUCAACAAUGAAUGUUAAAAUAACAGAUCUAGGUUUUGCUGUUCAAAUUAGCGAAAAUGAAUCUCUAUUUGAUCUCUUUGGUACACCUGGUUAUAUGGCUCCAGAAUUACUUCGUUGUUCACAGUUUGAAAAUAUGCCGGGUUAUGGUCUUCCAAUUGAUUUAUGGGCAUGUGGUGUUAUUUUAUAUACACUUCUUAGUGGUCUACCACCAUUUUGGCAUCGUAAACAACAUUUAAUGUUUCGUGCGAUAAUGGAAGGACAAUAUACAAUGACUGGUUCCGAUUGGGAUGAUGUAUCUGAAACAGCAAAAGAUUUAAUUCGUCAUUUAUUAGUUAUUAAUCCAGCUGAACGUUAUACAGCUGAUCAAGCACUUCAACAUCCAUUUUUUAAUGAUGAUCGAACACGACGACGAGAUUUUAUGGCUAAAAGAACACUUAAAGCACAUAUUAUUCUUGUUUGGUCAAUACAUCGUUUAAGAACAUUACAUUAUAGACCACAACCUAUACGAGGAAAAGAAUUAUUAGAAAAUCCAUAUCGAUUUAAAUCUUAUCGUAAAAUGAUUGAUUCAACAGCAUUUCUUCUCUAUGGACAUUGGAUUAAAAAAGAUGAACAUCGUAAUCAAAAUCGUGCGACUUUAUUUCAAACAGAAGAAAAAUCUGAUCUUGUCCGUCAUGAACAACAACAACAACAAUUACUUAAUCAAUAA